AGAAUUAAAAAUAGAAAAAAAUUGUUGAUUCUUCCAGGAAGACGACCGACCCAAAACCUCCAUAAUCUUUCCCGUCUUCUUCUCUCUAAACAUUUUUGCGAUUCUAUCCCAGUUUCCUUCUUAUUCCCAAACUCUGAAUACAUGUAUUUUCGGUCUUCCCUAACCAUAUCCUGAUUCUGCGUUGAUCACCCAACCUCUUCCUCUCUUUUUUCGCUCAAUAAACCCCAACUCACGGUUCUAUGUUUUUGCUGUUUAAUUAAUCUGCAUAAAUCAAAUUAGUAUGGAGUUUUGAUCAAACGCUGUUUCGUUUAUUUACUUUAUUUUUGCUCUUUCAACCUUUUUGGGUCCAUUGAUGAACACUUGCCGCUCGGAGAACUCCCAGCACCGUUUUGUAGAUUGUAGACCCCUUUUCACAAAAAUAAGUUAAUAUUAAAACAAUAGUUUGAGGAUGAAGAGAGGAAAGGUUGACCUGGUCUUGUCUUUCAGCCGAAAGAAGUUGGUGCGGAUUUUGAUUUUCAUGGGCCUUGUGUAUGUAAUCAUGAUGGUUCUAGAGGUACCCUUUGUGUUCAGAAGUAGGUCGAGUUUAGUUCCCCAGGAGGGUUUUGGGCAUGGACACUUGAGCUCUAGUUCGAGGCCUAAGGUGCUCGAUAGUGAAGAGAGCUUGGAAGAAAAAGAAGCUCCAAUUCGGCCUAUGAACGUUGCUUUUUGGGUCGGGCCAUACGAUUCUAGACAUGAAAGGAGGAUCAAAGAGUUGCCGCCAAAUCAUCCACUUUCUAGCCUGGUGCUUGACGAUAGCUUCUCGAAUGUGAGCAGCGAACGUGGGUUUGCUGGGAUCCUGAAGUCCGCUGCUCAGGCUUUCGAACUGGGGAGGAGAGUUUGGGAGGAACUCGAAUCGCUCAAAGAAGGAACAGUUGCUUCUACGGACAGUAGUAGUACCAACCACAACAAGACAGAGGAAUGCCCACAUUCCGUUUGGAUGUCCGGGGAAAAUUUUCAGGCGAAAGGUAAGAUGAUGGUGUUGCCUUGUGGGCUGACCCUGGGCUCUCAUGUUACGGUUGUGGGGAGGCCGAAACGAGCUCACCCGGAGAGCGACCCGAAAAUAUCCCUGUUGAAGGAAGGACAGUACGUGAUGGUUUCACAGUUCAUGAUGGAGUUGCAGGGGCUGAAGACAGUUGAUGGGGAAGACCCUCCAAGGAUUUUGCAUUUCAACCCGCGGUUGAAGGGGGAUUGGAGUGGGAAGCCUGUGAUUGAGCAUAAUACUUGUUAUAGGAUGCAAUGGGGAACCGCUCAACGAUGUGAGGGGUGGCGGUCCAAUGAUGAGGAGGAGACUGUUGAUGACCAGGUCAAAUGUGAAAAGUGGGUUCGUGAUGAUGACAAUAGUUCUGAACAAUCAAAGGCCACGUGGUGGUUAAACCGGCUAAUGGGGCGAACGAAGAAGGUCUUAGUUAAUUGGCCAUUCCCAUUUUCCGAGGAUAACUUGUUUGUGCUAACUCUUAGUGCUGGCUUCGAAGGUUAUCAUGUUCACGUCGAUGGCAGGCAUAUAACCUCAUUUCCAUACCGCAUUGGAUUUGCACUAGAGGAUGCCACUGGUUUGUGGUUAAAUGGUGACAUUGAUGUUCAUUCAGUCUUUGCUGCUUCCUUGCCCACAUCCCAUCCUAGUUUUGCUCCACAAAAGAAUCUCGAAAUGUCAAGCAGAUGGAAGGCCCCACCUCUCCUUGAUCGACCCGUGGAACUAUUCAUAGGCGUUCUAUCUGCGGGCAACCAUUUUGCUGAGAGAAUGGCUAUUAGGAGGUCAUGGAUGCAGCAUAAGCUUAUCAAAUCUUCAGAUGUUGUUGCUAGAUUCUUCGUUGCACUGCAUGCGAGAAAGGAAGUGAAUUUGGAGCUAAGGAAAGAAGCUGAUUUUUUUGGUGAUAUUGUCAUAGUUCCAUACAUGGACAAUUAUGACCUUGUUGUCCUCAAAACUGUUGCGAUCUGUGAAUAUGGGGCUCAUGUGGUUUCUGCCAAAAAUAUCAUGAAAUGUGAUGAUGACACAUUUGUGAGGUUAGAUGCGGUUGUAAAUGAAAUAAGUAAAAUACCUGAAGAUAAGAGCUUCUAUAUCGGUAAUAUAAAUUAUUACCAUAAGCCCCUGCGAAGUGGUAAAUGGGCGGUGACAUAUGAGGAAUGGCCGGAAGAAGAGUACCCACCUUAUGCAAAUGGGCCAGGUUACAUAGUUUCAUCUGAUAUCGCGCACUCCAUAGUGUCUGAGUUUGAGAAACAUAAGUUGAAGUUGUUUAAGAUGGAAGAUGUGAGCAUGGGGAUGUGGGUAGAGAAGUUCAAUAGCACAGUAACUCCCCCGGUGGAAUAUGUGCACAAUUUGAAGUUCUCACAAUCCGGGUGUGUGGAUGAUUAUUACACGGCUCAUUACCAGUCUCCCCGACAGAUGAUUUGCAUGUGGAAUAAACUGCAGCAAGGAAAGCCUCAUUGCUGCAACAUGCGAUGACAGUUUGGGUUCAUCCUUCUCCAUAUAUCUCAGAAUCUUGUAAGAAAGAAAAGGGGAGAGGACAAUCUAGGAUAAUCAAGCUCCCUCCCCCACCCAUCCGCCUUGUUUUUGCAGUGCAGUUAUAGCAUUAAUGCUAUUAUAGUCUGUAAAUGUUUCCUGAAUUCUUGCUCUCAGUUACGGUAGUAGGGUUGCUUUAGAAUAUUGUUAUUAAUUCAAUUUAUUUAGCUCUAUCUUGGUUGUUUCUUUUAUCAUGUAACUAGUUUUAUAGGAGAAUA